AUGUUCCCCUCAAGUUUGAAUACAAAACGCAGAGCAGCUUGCGCUGCAAAAGGAAAAAACAAUACAAAACCAAGCUUUUCUCAACAAGGAGAAAAAAUAAUUGAAGAAAGCUAAAACAAUAUCUCUCAUAUUGAGUCUUUCCUGAAAAAACGCUCUAACACUAGCGCCUUUUCCUCCUACUAGUGUAAACCAGCCGUGCAGGCUGUGAGUUCAAAAAAGUGUAAAAAGAUCAUUAAAGAUCUGCCAAGUGUUCCAAAAGAUUCCCAAUUCCUAAUUAUUGAUUCUGAUUCUGAAGUCUCAACAUCAGAAGAAGCCUACCUACAAGAUAGUUCUAGUAGUAGUCCUUCAUUUGUUGAACUGAAAGGGCACCCUGCCCAAAUGAACAGCAAAAAUUAAGAUACGUUUUUAAUAAACGGAUACCAAAAAAUACAAAAUGCCGAUCGGCAUAGCUUUUCACUUGAAGCAACGUCAAGUGAAGGAAGUACGACUGCUUCAAGCGAAUUUAAAGUGGAAGAAGAAAGCGAAACCAUUCAAGAGUCUUCAUCAGGUUACAAGAAAGUGAAGAAAGAGAGUGAUUCUUCAUUUAGAUAUUGUCCUCGUAAGGACUCAAUGCUUUCAACCUCUUCAGAAACUUAAAUAUGGUACGGAAGUAACGAAAGAAGUAGUAAUUAUUUUGAUGAUCACUACCAGUGCGGUAGUAAUUUAUCAUCAAAUUUACCGACUCCAAACUUUACUUCAUGUACACCUCAAACUAAUACAGUUUAUCCAAAUUCUUCCUAUUAAAAAAUCGACAAUUCUUGCUUUUUGCUAGAUGAUGCUGAAACGAAUUUACCAACAAGGAAAAAUUCAGUUGCUGAUAGUUAAAAAAGCCACGAAAACAAAGAGAGUUUUUAUUCGUCGACAAAUUCUCCUGUGAAAGAUGAAGAAUUAAUCUUCAGGAGCAAUAACUUAAGUGGUUUGAAGUAAAAAUUGAUAAACCUUGAAAAUCUUCAGCAUCAUCAUCAACUUUAGCAUGAACAAAUUAAAAUCGAUGCAGAAUUAGCUGCCAGCUAAGCAAAAGAGCAAGAAGAAAAGACACAAAAAAUGAUUAAGCUAAUUGAGUAAGGAAGAAAGCUCGUGGAGCAGCGGAUGGGAAGACUAGCAGCGGAAAACUAAGUUAUUAAUGGUUUUCCUUGCUGCACCUUUACUGUUCGGUGUUUCCUCAAGCAUACUUUCGUCAUUAAUGUCGAAGAUUUGCUUGCUGGCACUUGGUGCAAUAAAUGUGAAGAAAACCUCCUUAAAGCUAAGGAAUAUGCUGAAGAAAACAAAGGUGUUUGCUUGAGCCAAUUCUACGGAAAGACACUCAAGUUCAAGUGUUCUAAAAACCACUGUUGGGAGUCAUCUCAUUAAACUUAUAAAUAGAGAUGGUGCUCUCAAUGCAAGAAAAUUGUCAAAGACUAGUUCAAGCAGUAUAUCAAAGACGAAGAAGCCAAAAAGUAGGCUGAAUACCAAAAGAACUAGGAAGAAAUGUACAGAGAAGCUCGUCGCAAAGCUAUGAUUUCUUAAUCUUGUAAUGAAGCUAACCCAACCUCUGAAGAAUACAAAAAGAAGGUCAUCUUGGCUGCAAAGCAAGUUGAGAGAGAAGUUGAAAAAAUAGCUGAGUAAUAAGCAAGAGACUACAUCAAAAACGAGCAAAAGGACUCCGAAAGUCCCUGUAAUUUCAGUCAACUUAGGGAGAUGUUCAAAAUUAUCUUAUUCCCUGAUUCAAUCCUUUAAGUUUACUACACUAAUUUGGAUGUUGAAAUCUUGAAAUCUGAAUACAGAAACAUUGCCCGUUUCAUCCACCCUGACAAAAACAGUCACCCUCGUGCAGCUGAAUCUUUCUAAAAGUUAAAUAACUUCUAUACUUUGGCUUAACCAAAAGCUUGA